AUGGCGUUGCUGGGCGAGAUGCGGGGGGCAAAGCUGGAGCCCACCGUCGUCAGCUACUGCGCAGGGAUCAGUGCGUGCGCGAAUGGCGAGCAGUGGCAGCGGGCGCUGGUGCUGCUGGGCGAGAUGCGGGAGACGACUCUGGAGCCCGACGUCGUCAGCUACAGCGCUGGGGUCAACGCGUGCGAGAAGGGCGGGCAGUGGCAACAAGCGUUGAGCAUACUCAGGAUUUUGCGACUGAGACAGGUGGAUGCUGAUUUCUAUGUCUACGGCGUUGCUGCGAGCAUGUGCGAGCAAAGGGGGCAACGGAGCCAAGUGGUGUCGUUAUUCACGGAGAUGCAUGACCGAUUGUUCGGAUGA